AUGUUCCGCCGCAGCACCCUCAUCCUCUCGAGGGCACCGUGUCGCGUGCCUCGCGUCGGCCUUGCUCGCAGCGACGUCGUCGCCGCCGCCUCCCGCCGAGGCAUUCAGACCCCGGGGGGUUUCUCGCCCCUCCGACCGCCGUCGCCAGAAGAGCUGGGCGCCCCGAGGGCAGCCAAGCAGUACAACAAGGGGAGGAGAUGGACGCGCUGGCUGGUGACGGGCCUCGCGGCCGGCGGCGCCGUCUACGUGGCCGACCGCCAGAUAUACGCCUCGGGGUUCGCCCGGACGCUGCGCACGUUUGCGACGACGCUCCUCGUCGCGCUGGACUACAAGAUCAACUUCCGGCCGGAGCCGCUGACGGCCGGUUCCGUGCCGGAGCUGCACGCCCGCAACGCCGAGCGGCUGUUCGACCUGCUCCGCGCCAACGGCGGGCUGUACCUCAAGAUCGGGCAGGCGAUUGCCAUGCAGAGCGCCGUGCUGCCGCCCGAGUUCCAGAAGAUGUUUGGCCGCAUGUUUGACGACGCGCCGCAGGACGACUGGAGGGACGUCGAGGCCGUGAUCCGGAGGGACUUUGGCAGGAGCGUCGAGGACGUGUUCGGCGUCAGCUUCACGGGCAAGGAGGGCAUGGGCGUCAUGGAGCGCAGGGCGAGGGCGAGCGCCAGCGUGGCCCAGGUCCACUGGGCGAGACUGCCGGACGGCCGAGAGGUGGCUGUCAAGAUUCAGAAGAGGGAGAUUGCCAAGCAGAUUGCUUGGGAUCUAUGGGCUUUCAGGGCCGUUACAUGGAUCUACUCCAAGUGGUUCGACCUCCCGCUGUACACGCUCGUCCCCUUCAUCACGGAACGCCUCGAGCUCGAAACGGAUUUCCUAAACGAGGCCAAAAACUCAGAGACGAUGCGAAACCUAGUCAACUCGGAGAGCAGCCUCCGGGGCCGCGUCUACGUGCCCGUCGUCCACGCCGACCUCACCACCAAGCGCGUGCUGACGACGGAGUGGAUUGAGGGCGUCCGGCUCUGGGACAAGAAGGCCCUCACGUCGCGCUGGCUCGGCGGCCGCGGCAAGGGCUCCCCCGGCGCCCAGACGGCCCUGCCGCCCGUCGACAUGGCCGCCGCCCGCCGGGAGCUCCGCGCCCGCCCCUACAACGAGAAGAUCAAGCCCGCGCGCCAGGAGUGGAAGGGCGCCCGCGGCCGCGGCGGCCUCGGCCUCUCCACCACCGAGGUCAUGACCACCAUGGUCGACCUGUUCUCGGCGCAAAUCUUCAAAUGGGGCGUCGUCCACUGCGACCCGCACCCGGGCAACAUCUUCAUCCGCCGCCUGCCCAGCGGCCGCGCCGAGCUGGUCCUCAUCGACCACGGCCUCUACGUCUACAUGUCGCCCACGUUCCGGCGCCAGUACAGCGCCUUCUGGAAGGCCCUCAUGACCUUUGACAACGGGACCAUCGCGCGCGUCACCUCGGAAUGGGGCAUCCGCGGCGCCGACUUCUUCGCCAGCGCCACGCUCAUGCGCCCCUACGAGGGCGGCGACAACUCGCUCCGCGACAGCAUCCGGAAGGACCUCGAGGGCAAGACGCCCGCGGAGCGGCACUACGCCAUGCAGCAGCUCAUGAAGCAGAGCCUGCGCGACAUGCUGGCCGACGAGGACAAGUGGCCCAAGGAGCUCGUCUUUAUUGGGAGGAACAUGCGCAUUGUCCAGGGGAACAACCAGUACCUCGGGUCGCCUGUCAACAGGGUCAAGAUGAUGGGCGAGUGGGCGAGCAGGAGCCUGUUCCAGGACAAGAACCUGCCGGUGGCGCAGAGGAUGACCAACGCCUGGAGACACUUGCUCUUCAAGGCAGUCAUGUUUGGUACCGACGUGGCAUUUUACUUUUUCAAGCUGAGGCAGUGGUUGGGACUGGGGGGUGGCAUGGAGGACGAGAUGGAGAGGAGAAUGAGAGGUGUAGCGCAGGACUAUGGCAUUGAGUUGCAGCAUGAUGUUUUUGAGGGCUAA